ACCAAAAUAAAAAUCUAAGCCCAAAACCGCCCAACUCUUUCUCUGUCUCUUUCCCAGUUGAGUUCCCCUCACUACUCACGCAGACAGAAGCAUCAAACAGCGCUUCUCCUCUUCGAUUCUUAUUUAUUUGCCUUUUUUACCUCCCGGAACAACCCGCCGCUCGACGCCGCCAAGCGGAAGUUGCCGCGUCGCCGUCCUCUGUACUUUCUAUCUGCCGCUUCCACUAGAAGCUCGACGGAAUAGCCGCGCCGAAACAGGAGCAGCUGCCGCAUUCUUCCACCGCCACGGACCACCAGUUUCCGGAGGCGGCCGCUUGGCCCCAGCUCUCCAUAUUUAUGUACAUGACUCUACAUGUGAAUUGUUUGCAGAUAGCAAAGCUACUUGUUUUGAUGGCUACUUGUUCUGAUGGUGGUGCACGAUUGAUGAAGAACUUGAAAAAAUGUAUUUCUUCUGUUGGAUAUUCUGAAUUUAACAAGAAUAUCUCCAACUUCGAGAAGGUGACAACUUCUUUGAUCUACGGAAACUUGAGGAGGUACAGUGGCUGCCCAACUCUUGAAAGUUUUCGUAGCAAAACUCAUCCUGUUCUUCAAUCUAGUGACCUUCAGCAAUGGUUCAAGAACUGGCAACACUUGAGAAAGGAUAAACUAACAGCAAGUACUUUUGCUCUGGCAAUUGGAUUGUGGCCUCGUGGACGGACUAGAUUAUGGCUAGAGAAACUCGGAACAAUUGAGCCAUUCUCUGGUAAUUUAGCUACUACCUGGAGCAACAUUAAGGAAAAGGAGGCUCUUGAAAGAUAUCAGUGGAUAACUGGAAAUAAAAUAUGGUAUCCUGAAUUCCAGGUGUAUGGGGAGAAGAAUCCUGCAGAUAAUUGGCUUGCUGCUUCCCCUGAUGGAGCUAUUGACAGUUAUAUCUAUGGCUUGCCCAGCCGUGGGGUUCUUGAAAUUAAAUGCCCAUUCUUUGGUGGUGAUAGGAGCAGAGCAGAACCAUGGAAACGUGUGCCACUGCAUUAUAUCCCCCAAGCUCAAGGCUUGAUGGAGAUACUUGAUCGAGAUUGGUUGGACAUGUAUGUCUGGACUGUUAAAGGCAGUAGUUUGUUUAGGAUCUAUCGCAAUGUGGAAUAUUGGGAUAUUUUGAAGAUAGCAUUGUCCGAUUUCUGGUGGAAGCAUGUCCAGCCAGCAAAAGAGAUUUGCAAUAGAAGAGUGAUCACUAAUCCACUGAUUGAACUAAGCUCGUUGAGACCAUCCCCUAAGCAUGAAUUGCAUCGCUGCAUUGUGUAUGAGAGCAAACUCAUUGUCAACGACUCAAAACUCUUGAUUCGGGAAUUUGAUGGUAGAUUGCAGAAUUGGUGCUCCGAAGCAAGUCGAAAUUGUGGUUGACUGGAAAGAGUUUGUUGCUUUCCAUAACAAAGACAUGAUGCUGGUAAAAUGUAUCCAGUUUGAUGUCAUGUGAAGUAAUCAGUUGGUUGAUCUGUGUUUCUGGAUUUCGAUGAAUGUGCCAAUCCUAAAUUUGGUGAUGCUCACAUAUGACUGACUGAAACCACACCACAGGAAAGUGAAGACAAGGUAAGAUUUGAGUUUUUCCUUAAUUUCCUAUACCAUUCUGUUGUAUUUAUUUAUUUUAUUACAUUUAUACAAUAAAUUUGAGGUUGUGUUGGCAUGCUGUAAACUCGUAAAUAUAGUCAUAAUAUGCUAAUGAAAAACCAAUCUCUUUUGUUUUUCUUUUUU